CCCACCGUCGAUAUAUAGCUGGCCGACUUAAAAAUAAAAAUAAAAAUAAACUAAUAACCGACAUACAAAAAUUUCUCUACAUAUAGGAGCCUCGGUUAAGGUCAUUAACAUAUUAGAAAAUCCUUGGUUUUAUUUGCAGAAGCAAAACAAUCUCUAGAAGAUUACGCGGUCACGGAUCAAACCUUUUUCUCACCGUUAACAAGUUCUCGACAAGCAAGGUACAUGGUUGAUCUAGACAUCCAGAUUCCCGCAACAUUUGACCCAUUUUUAGACGCCGAGUCGGAGGCUCCUGGGGCGAAAGAGUAUGUGCAUAUUCGUAUUCAGCAAAGGAAUGGAAAGAAAAGCUUGACGACUGUUCAAGGGCUGAAGAAAGAUUUCAGCUACGAAAAGAUAUUGAAAGAUCUCAAGAAAGAGUUUUGCUGUAAUGGGAAUGUUGUCCAGGACAAGGAGCUAGGGAAGGUUAUCCAACUGCAAGGUGAUCAGCGCAAGAAGGUUGCCAAUUUCCUCACGCAGGCCGGCCUUGUCAAGAAAGAUCGGAUCAAGAUUCAUGGUUUUUAAGCCUUGUAUUGUAUUGUAUUGAUGAGAUACAAACAAGAUUUGCUGAAUUGUUGUUUUACUUUUCCUAUUUGAUUUCUGCUUUUGAGUUCCAACUUGAUUUCGUUUUUUCCGUGUUGUUGGUUUAAUGCAUCCAUGGAUGACAUUACUUUGUCAUGUAUUCAGCUUACUAACUUGUUACUAGUUAAUAAUAAUGGAUGCUUUUCUUUA